CUUUCUUUCUUUAAAUGCCUACUUUGGAUUCUUGUCCGUUUCCUUAGACCACAAGAAAUUCUCUUCAUUUGUACAAGAAAAGCCUUACGCCGAUGUAAGCAAAUAUUAAUUGUGAGAGUUGGGAGAUUAGGUUUUUACAGCCAAAAUGUCAGCAGAUAUUCUUCAGUUUUUGAAGAACAAAUUCAUGGAUGAAUUGGAAGAAGCAGAGGAGGAACACCCUCCACCUCAUGACAUCCCCCUCCAUUCUUAUUUUCUACAAAUUCGAGAGGUUCUGAAAGCUAAAAGCAUCAAGCCGUCGACAGGAAUGAAGGAUUGUCUUUACGACCUCAGCAUUGCAUUGACCGACUGCGUGCUCUUCCUGGAGAAGCGCAAAAUGAAAAUCAAAAAGGAUUCCUCACAAGGGCAAGAGCAAGAGCAAGGGCAGGGGCAAGGGCAAGGGCAAGAGCAAGGGCAAGGGCAAGGGCAAGGGCAAGGGCAAGGGCAAAGGCAAGGCCACUACUCUCUGCCUGAGCUAUGGUUUCUGUGCAAAACAAAAAGGAAGCUGAUUCACAUCAAGAAAAAGCUGUUUGUUGCUACAAGCCACCCAGUAGUACCAGAGCAGACUUCCCUUUCUGCCGUCACGGAUGUAGCCACAACUUCUUCUUCUUCUGGCUCUUUAUCAUUUGAUGGACCAAUGAUAUACGGUUAUAGUGAAUCUUACUUUAGAGACCAAGUCAAAAAUAUAGAAAAAUUGGUUCUGGGUACAAGUGAAUUGGAUGAAGAAGGAUUUAGUAAGGAAAUUGGAAUUGUGGGGAUUGGGGGUUGCGGUAAGACCCUUGUGGUCCGAAUGGUUUUCGACCGAAGUCGUAUGGCCCAAAGAAUUUGGAUCAAUUUACAAGCGAUACAAAAAGGAGAAAUAGAUUUUAAGAAGAUUCUCAAGGCUAUGCUGAAGCAGUGUGAUGAUGGGCAAAGAGAUUUUGUGGAUGGUAGUGUGGAGGUGGAGGAGGAGGAGCUAUUGGAGGCCCUCUGCAAAGCAUUGUGGAGUAAGAGUUAUUUAUUAGUGUUUGAUGGAAUUUGGGAUAUCAACCUGGACUGGUACUUCAGGUUAAAGGAGAGACUCCAGUGGUGUAACAAAUCAAAUCAGAGCAGAAUCAUCAUCAUUACAACCAGACUCCAUGGCGUGGCUAAGAGGAUGGUUGGGCCCAAUAAUUUAUAUCGUAUGCAGCCCUUGUCCAAUGAGGUUAUUUGGGACCUCAUUACGUGGACUGCAAGUUCUCUUCCUCCGGAGCAUCCCAUUGUGGUGAAAAUGAAGGAUGAAAUGAUAUACCAUUCUCAUGGUCUCCCGUUAGCUGCAACAACGUUCUACUCUAUUAUGGAGAACCGAACCUAUGGAGGGGAUUGGGAUGACAUACAUGAGUUAGUACGAGAAAGGAAACUAGUAUUUUAUGUAAUGAUCAACCCCAAAGACGAUGCCAAUCAGGGGAACGAUUUGCUCCUAUCUCUUCGUAGCAUCUGGGGCACAGAAUCAUUGGUUCCUGACAUUUCAGAGGUUGUUCCUCAAUUCCCAUUACAUCACAUUCAAAAGGCUUUCGGAUUGAGAAGUGAGUCUGAGGUUGUAGACAGAAUGAGGAUAUUGGUUUUUGGUGGUGAUGUUACAACAAAUCGGGUUUUACAAGCAGUUUGUGAUAUGGAACUCCAUCCGACACCGCCAAUUGGUGUGAUGCCUUUGGGAACACAAGUUAACAUUUCAAUUUCUCUUGGAUGGGGAAAUCAACUUUCUGAUACAGAUUCUAGGCCUGUAUUUUACCUUCCUAAAUUAUAUGAUGCUGAAGAGAUAUUGAUAGACAGUUGGAAUUUUGUAGUGAGGACAUCAAUUCCAAAUUGUCUUGAGAUACCGAAUACUCUUCAUGUUCGACAUGUUUCCGAAGACAACUUAUUACACAUGGGAGGUGACAAAGAUCUUUGUGGAAGAUUUUGGAACUAUCUUAUAAUAGGGUUGGAUGCUCAAGAAUUGUUUGAUGCUUCUCACUUUAAAUCUUGGCCAAGGAACAUUGCUCUACCUAUAAGUGUUAAAAUCAAGGAUCACCAACAUCAAUGGAAGAAAUUAAACUUACCUCAAAGCAUAAGGUCAAUUGUUUGUCUUAACAUGCCUAGCUUCCCUGGUGGACUAGACCCUUGGGGCAAACCAAAUUUUAGGAGAAAAAAAGAGAGAAACUUUACAUCAUCUUUUGUAGACGAUGAACUUCUUGAGAUAAUUGGAUUUAGAGAUUCAUGGCAUGGGGAAAUUUUUCUUCCUUUGAAUGACCAUGGGACUCGUCUUGCACAGGCACACCAAAUUCGCUUUGAGCUUCACAAAGGGGUAGCUAAGCAUAUUGACAUGAAUUUUGAUGGGACAAGAUGGAAACAACCUACCCCUAUUGGUGAUGACAACUUCCUGAUUGAAAUCUCUUAUUCAUGUAAAACCAAAAUGCUUGCAACUUCAGCUUCAAAAUGCAAACACAAAUCUAAGUCCUACUCCAAUUAAAUCUUUUCAACAGGGUUGAAAUCUUCAGUGAGGUUUUCAUGCUAAACCUUUAUAUGAGGAUAACAUGAUAAAAACUUUAUAUGUAUAUAUAUAAAGCCAAAAAUAUUUGAUGGGUGGA